AUGACAGCCAGGGCCUUGCCACGCCUCAAGACUCGACCUGGAGCGGGCCCUGCAGUGGUGGAGGCCUCCCCCAGCCUGCUGGAGACGGCCGUGCGUGCAGCGCUGCAGCAGCUCGCUCCAGAGCCGAGGGGCAUCUGGGCCAGGCAGGCUGCCAGCCUGCUGGAGUGGCUGCAGGCCUCUGUGACUUCGGCCCGGCCUGGGGGAAAUCAGGCGCUGCUGGAGGAGGAGGACGACGACCUGGUCAUGACCCCGCUCCUGCGCGCCAUCGCCUCCCGGGAUGAGGCCGAGUACCUGACGGCCGCGUGA